UUGAGGUCAUAUCCGGUUUGGUUUGCGCUGCCAGUGGGACUAGCACUGAAGUUCGAAGCCGGACUUGCUAUGCCAGUUGCAGAAGGACAAAGUGAAACCAACACAGCCUUUUAAGUCUCGGGGACACUGGUAUAGCGUUCACAAGUCGACGGUCCAAAACAAGUGACAGCUAAACAUGUUUUCCUUGUCUCUGACGGUCCAGCCGCAGGUCACUGUACCUCUGAGUCACCUCAUCAACGUUCUCCACUCUCUGAAGAGCUCAGUGGGAAGCAGCAGCACUGUCACCUGCAAAUCAAGAAAACACACGGAGCAUGUGUCGGACUCAGAGCAACAUUGUACAGAGUCCAUGUGGAACCUACGGGAGCUGGGUUUAUCAGAGCUGGGAACUCAGCAGCUGGAUGAGCUUGUGAAGUGUGUGAUACCGCGCUUGAGUCCACACGAGACGCCACUUCCUUACGGUGGUCAGACACCCUGGAGGACCUCGCAUCUCUCCACGCACUCCUUUUUCCAUAAUAAACAUGGCUUCACUCCCAUGUUGACCCCAGUUUUUUCAAGGCAGCGCCCUUCACCUCUUCAGUCUGUCUGUUCGGACCUACAAUACUGGCCAGUGUUGGUUCAGAGCAGAGGCUUUAAAACUUUAAGGACCAAAACCAGACGACUGCAGUCAGCAUUCGACCGCCCCGUGGAUUCUGAAGGAUUCACACCAUCUUUUAUGAAGGGUUUUCUUACUCGAGACAAGGGCAUUGAAGUUGAAAGUCUGGAUACCCUGCUGAAGAACAAGAACAUACCCGACGGACAUCAGGAUGCUUUCAAGAGGGGCUUCGCUGAAGGUUUCCUGAAAGCUCAAGCACUGACUCAACGCACUCAAGACUCUCUGAGGAGGACUCGCCUGAUCCUGCUGGUGCUGCUUCUUGUUGGGCUCUAUGGUAUCUCCAAGACACCUUUUAUAUCGGUGCGGUUCCGAACCACAUCAGGCCUUGACUCAGCAGUGGACCCCGUGCAAAUGAAAAAUGUGACCUUUGAGCAUGUCAAAGGGGUGGAGGAAGCUAAGAAUGAGCUGCAGGAAGUGGUGGAGUUCCUGAAAAACCCGCAGAAGUUCACAGUGCUGGGGGGAAAGCUGCCAAAAGGCGUUCUACUUGUUGGCCCCCCGGGGACUGGAAAAACCCUCCUCGCCAGAGCGGUGGCAGGAGAAGCAGACGUGCCAUUUUACUACGCCUCUGGAUCAGAGUUUGAUGAGAUGUUUGUUGGAGUGGGAGCCAGCCGCAUCAGGAACCUGUUCAGGGAGGCUAAAGCCAAUGCUCCCUGUGUGAUCUUCAUUGAUGAACUGGACAGUGUGGGUGGGAAAAGGAUAGAGUCUCCCAUGCACCCUUACUCCAGACAGACUAUCAACCAGUUGCUUGCUGAGAUGGAUGGGUUUAAACCAAAUGAAGGUGUGAUCAUCAUUGGAGCAACCAACUUCCCAGAGGCUUUGGACAAUGCCCUGGUCCGCCCGGGACGUUUUGACAUGCAGGUGACUGUACCCAAACCAGAUGUGAAAGGACGCACAGAGAUUCUCAACUGGUACCUUAAGAAGAUUAAAGUGGAUCCAGCUAUUGAGGCCAAUAUUAUUGCCCGUGGCACAGUGGGCUUCUCUGGCGCUGACCUGGAAAAUCUGGUCAACCAAGCAGCACUGAAGGCAGCAGUUGAUGGGAAAGACAUGGUCACUUUGAAAGAGCUGGAGUUCGCUAAAGACAAAAUCCUAAUGGGCCCUGAGAGAAGGAGUGCAGAGAUAGACAAGAAGAACAAGCUCAUCACAGCGUACCAUGAAUCAGGCCAUGCUAUUGUAGCGUACUACACCAAAGAUGCCAUGCCUAUCAACAAGGCUACCAUCAUGCCCAGAGGCCCCAGUCUGGGACAUGUGUCCAUGCUCCCAGAGAAUGAUAGGUGGAGUGAGACUCGCUCUCAGCUUCUGGCCCAGAUGGACGUCAGCAUGGGCGGUCGUGUAGCAGAGGAGAUUAUAUUCGGCCAUGAGUACAUCACAACUGGAGCAUCAAGUGACUUUGAUAGCGCAACCAAGAUCGCUAAGAUGAUGGUGACCAGGUUUGGAAUGUGUGAAAAGCUGGGUGUGAUGACCUACACUGACAUGACAGCCCAAAGCCCAGAGACACAAGCUGCUGUGGAGCACGAAAUCAGGGUGUUGCUGAAGGAGUCGUACGAGCGUGCCAAAGCCCUGUUGAAGUCUCAUGCCAAGGAGCACAAGAACUUGGCUGACGCUCUGCUCAUGUACGAGACGCUGGACGCCAAAGAGAUCCAGCUGGUUCUAGAGGGAAAAACCCUCGAGACCAGAUGAAACCAACAGAAACGGAGACAAUCACUGGCACCAAAAUGGAUGGGGUCAGAUUUUCAGAGGGCACAGAAGAAAGCUUAAACUCAGAGGUCUACGUUCUCAUUGACAAUAUGAACAAUGUCUUAUCUUCAUGCUGUCACCUUCAUGGAAUCUCCUCCGUAUCUCCAGAUAAGUUGAGCUGUAAUUUUAAACCCAUACAUGACAUGGCUGUGUUCAGAUUUAAGCAGGUGUUUAUUUUGCACAAGUUUCCUGGAUGUGAUGAAGGUUGAAAGUUUAAGUGCUUAAGGUUAAGGAGGAUGCUCAGGUCACGUUGUUAGUUGGCGAGCGGAAAUAAGAAAACAUGAAUGUAAAUAUGUACCUCAAACAUAAAAAAGUAGUAUCUGGAGAGGAUGUUUUAAAGUGAAGGAGUAGAUUCUGUUCAGCCAGGUCAGCACAUAUUCACAUUCUCAGCGACAUGUGACCCAAAGAGCUACUUUGCAAUCAUAGCGACCAGAAUUGAACUCAUUUAACUUUAACCCAGCUUGUGUUUUAGAUGUCUGCCACCCUUUGUGUUCAUGUCUGGUGUCAGGAUAUACUUUCUUCUUCAGUUUUUUUUUCUUUUCCUAGUGAGUACAUAGAGCUGUCACAUCUGUCUUUCCAUCUGAUUCUUUGAGCCCACAAUGAUUGGAAAUAUCAUGCUGUGUCCCUGUUGUUUCUUUUUCAAGGUGGCCUUUUGGGAAUGUAACAUUAUUUGUUCUUCCUUUAGAAGUAGCAAGUGUAUAUAGUAGGACUACGUUGUGUCAGCACUACAGAGACAUCCUUGUGUAACUUAUUUCAUUUCUGCUGUCUGUACAGAUGAAACAAAAGCUGUUGCUCACCAUCAAGAAGCAUCAAACACAUAGAAUCUGUGUUUAUGUAGUGACAGAGCACCGGACACUUUAGGAUUUUAAAGUUGUGACGUCAACCUAUGUUUGGCUUCUGAAAAGCCUGUCUGUGAAAUGUGUUACUUCAAAUGGGUGGAAUAAAUGAUGCUUCUUAGAUUAUUCAUACCAACCACAGGGGCAGUUCUGCCAGUUAUUGUUCAUUUCAGUGCAGAGAGAUCCAUCAUCCUAUCACCCACAUCUUGUGCUCCAUGCCUGUGUGUUUUGUGAGCAGUACAGUGGAUGAAGGAUGCUGGUCUUACCUUUUUCAAGGCUGAUUGUAAGUAGAAAUAAACAUUUAGGCACAUGUUAAAAUGUGGAAUGUGAUCAGCUGUGUAUGUAAUCCAUAUUCAGAAAGCUCAUUUCUUUAUGUGUUCAUCACCACCUUGUUGUGAUUCAUAGAUUCCUUUUCCCUGCUUGAGUUCAGACCCAAUAUAUUCAGUUUGUUGGUCUUUUAACCAUGAUUAGCUGUGUAUAUAUAUGUAUAUGACUGGGAUGCAAUAGGAACAUUGUAUAUAGGUGUAUAGUAAUGCUUUGAUGCGGUGUACACUCUGAAUGGCUCUCUGCUGUAGAUCUCCCCGCAGUGUGACAGAAAUGGUUAAUCAAUAUUUGUGCAGCUGAAAUAAAGAACCCCAAAAUUAAAA